AUGAAUUCUAGUCGUUGUGCGGCUUGCAGAUAUUUGAGAAGAAGAUGCGCUUCCGAUUGCAUUUUCUCUCCUUAUUUUCCCUCCAAUAAUCCCCAAAGAUUUGUUUCUGUUCACAGAAUCUAUGGCGCCAGCAAUGUUGCAAAAUUACUUCACCAACUCCCAACCCUUUUGCGAGUUGAAGCAGCAGACUCCUUAUACUUCGAGGCACAAUGUCGGGUCCAAGACCCCGUGUACGGCUGCGUUGGGCUCAUAUUUAUGCUGCAGCAACAGGUACACAACGCAGGGAGCCAACUGGCAAAGACCCAGGCCGAGAUUGCAGUUCUGAAAUCUCAGGCCCAACAUCUCCAGGCUCAACAAGUUGAAGUUCAUUGCAACAACAAUUGGACAAUGUUGCCGACCUCAGCCUCUCCAAUCAAGGGUAUUGUUAAUGCUGCUCUGCUCAUUCUCUUUUGA